ACUGGUGCAUUGUACUAAUACUUUGGUCCAGAGGGCGUGUGACACCUCCCGUUUAAGUGCAAAGGCAAUGACACCCUCUUGUGGUCGCUUCUGUCGGGGAUUUAGAGCGAUUUUUGUUUUAAAUUAUUUGUCUGCACACCAGACAAGCGUCUGCGUCUGGGUCGGCUAUUACGGGCGGGCUUCGCGUAGAAAUGCCACUUUUAAAAACAAACAAAAUGGAGGGCGUUCGUGGGAGGAGGAAAGGAGGACACGAGAGCAGCGUGGUGCGGGUAGCUCACUUUGUCACCUGGAUGUGAAACAGACACCUGUUACCUGCUCUCGGGCGCCACAGGUAUCACGUUGCAGGUCGUUUCUCAGAGCAACAAAGAACCGAGUCUCAAUUCUCCAGAUGACUCACUUCCAACCGGAUUGAACCGAACAUUCGAAGGAUACGUUUAUAAAGAAAAGAAAAAAAAGAAAACGAGAGUAACACCGAGGCCGCCACUUGUCAAGCUGCAGAUUGAGCAUGCUUCAGGUGGUCUGAACGACAGAUAUGGGCUCAGGAAGAUCUUACUGGCGGACUCUGUCAGUGGCGGCUCUUUUUUGCCUCUUCUGGACUAUUGAUGGCAAAAUGCCAGAGGUGCGCGGAAAGGUCAACGGUGUGGUGGAGUUGACUUGCAGCGUUGGUCCACCCCACUCAGCUGACGUGUCAUCCGGGACACUGCAUGUGGUUGAAUGGGUGCGACAAGGGCUCGACAUCCCCGUGUUGAUCAAAUUUGGCUCCUAUCCUCCUCGUGUCCAUCCACAAUAUGAGGGGCGGGUGUCUCUAGUGGACAUCAGCACUCUAAAGCUGGAGGGUCUGCUCCUGGAUGACCAGGGACCGUAUGAGUGUCGCAUCCUUUUAUUCGAUAAACCCUCAGAGGACCUUCGAAACGGCACCUGGAUCAUGCUUUCUGUAAUUGCGGCCCCAAGCUUCACCAAAACCCCACCCGCUGUCCUGGAGGCUCUGGUUGGAGGUCACCUCUCUCUUGUCUGUGCUGCCGUCGGCAACCCUCUACCAACCAUCACCUGGCUGAAAGAUGGCGGUGUGAUUCAAACAGGGAAUGAUCAGGAGGGAGCCUUAUCUCUGACAGCAGUGAGCGUGCAGUCGGCGGGACAGUAUACCUGUCACGCUUCCAACUCGGAGGGAAACGCGACUCUCGAGACAAAGGUAAAGAUAAAAGGUCCCCCCGUCAUCAUUGUACCUCCCAAAAGCACCUCCGUCAAUGUAUCCCAGGAUGCACUUCUUCAAUGUCAGGCCCUGGCUGACCCCUCAAACAUGACGUACGUGUGGCUGAAAGGAGGAGAAAAUGUCUACCACCUACAAACAAAAUAAGACUCUUUGGGAAACGCGCCCAUGAAGGGCUUGUAAUCACCACCCACCAACCUGCCAAAU